CUGACGUAGGCUAUAAAAGAAAGGUCACAAAACCAAACAAAACACUCAGACUAAAAUAUAAAUGUAAAAAAUGCCAUUAUGUCCAACUUUGCUACAUAUGAAGAACCCGCGAGUUCUUCUUUGACGGGAAUAGUCAGGCUACUGCAUGUGUUUGAACGAUGUUUCCUCAGACCACAGAGAAUAACAGAGCCUGGUAAGAAGUGAGGGUGAUGUAAAUCGUCUUCCAGCAACACCAGGUCCAUGAUCUCGCCAAAGAUGGUAGCGGCACACACUUCUGCCCAUGCUUCUGCGUCUGCAGAAUGGAUUAUUUGCCUUGAUAAAAGGCCUGCAGAACGAUCUGGAGAAGACAUUGACAUCAUAUUGGCCCGUCUGAAAGAUGUGAAGGCCUUUGAGAAGUUCCACCCCAGCCUGCUUCAGCAGAUCUGCCUCUGUGGUUUCUACGAAUGCCUGGAAAAAGGGAUCACAUUGUACCGUCAGGGAGACUUUGGAACAAGCUGGUAUGCAGUUCUCUCUGGCUCACUUGAUGUCAAAGUAUCUGAGACAGCCAACCAUCAGGAUGCUGUCACUAUCUGCACCCUGGGGAUUGGCACGGCUUUUGGGGAGUCCAUCCUGGACAACACUCCACGGCACGCCACCAUCGUCACCCGGGAGUUCAGUGAGCUGUUGCGCAUCGAGCAGAAGGAGUUCAAAUCACUGUGGGAGAAAUACCGUCAGUGCAUGGCCGGUCUCCUUGCCCCCCCUUAUGGUGUUAUGGAAAGUGGACCAAGCAGUGACAGAAUGCCAGACAAAGCGAAUAUGAGCAACCUCACCUUAGGUUCUAUGCCAAAAAACCUGAACAAGACCCCUCUCAUUGAAAGUCAGGCCAAACCUCGCCCUAAAUCCGUUCUUCAGGUUCCAUCAGAAAAGAUCCUGAGGGCCGGAAAGGUUUUGCGCAAUGCCAUCUUGUCCAGAGCCCCUCAUAUGAUCCGAGAUAGGAAAUAUCACUUGAAGACAUACAGGCAGUGUUGUGUGGGCACAGAACUGGUGGACUGGCAGAUGCAGCAGAGCCCCUGUGUUCACUCCCGUACCCAGGCUGUGGGCAUGUGGCAGGUGCUGCUGGAGGAGGGCGUGCUCAACCACGUGGACCAGGAGCUGAACUUCCAAGACAAGUACCUGUUCUACCGUUUCCUGGAUGAUGAACGAGAGGAUGCUCCCCCACCCAGCGAGGAGGAAAAGAAGGAGAGUGAGGAGGAGCUGCAGGAUACGCUCCUGCUCCUGUCCCAGAUCGGCCCUGAUGCCCACAUGCGCAUGAUCCUCAGGAAGCAGCCAGGGCAGAGAACAGUGGAUGAUUUAGAAAUUAUAUAUGAAGAGCUUCUUCAUAUAAAGGCUUUAUCUCACCUCUCUACCACUGUAAAGAGGGAGUUAGCUGGCGUGCUGAUAUAUGAGUCCCAUGCAAAAGCCGGAACAGUGUUGUUUAACCAGGGAGAAGAAGGGACAUCAUGGUACAUCAUCCUGAAGGGCUCUGUCAAUGUCGUCAUAUAUGGCAAGGGUGUUGUGUGCACGUUGCAUGAGGGGGAUGACUUUGGGAAACUGGCUCUGGUGAACGAUGCCCCGCGGGCUGCCUCCAUCGUUCUGCGAGAGGACAACUGUCACUUCCUGCGGGUGGACAAGGAGGACUUCAACAGGAUCCUGAGGGAUGUGGAGGCGAACACAGUCCGUUUGAAGGAGCAUGAGCAGGAUGUGCUGGUCCUGGAGAAGAGCACUGCCAACACCCGCAACUCGAGCCAUGGGGCCACACCUUCCCACUUUAAGUACACUGUGAUGUCAGGAACACCAGAGAAGAUCCUAGAACACUUUCUGGAGACUAUGCGACUGGAUUCCCACUUCACAGAGUCAGACCCUGCUCUGGAUGACUUCGUUCUAAUGCGCUGUGUCUUCAUCCCCAAUAGUCAGUUGUGCCCAAUGCUUAUGGCCCACUACCAUGCUCAAGCAUCCCAAGGCUCAGAGCAGGAGAAACUGGACUACGCCCUGAACAACAAGCGGCGGGUGAUACGCCUGGUGCUGCAGUGGGCCUCCAUCUAUGGAGAUCAUCUCCAGGAGGAGGAUGCCUCACUGGCUUUUCUGGAGGAGUUCUAUGUGUCUGUGUGUGAUGACUCCAGGGUGAUCCCGGCCCUGAAAGAGAUGCUGCCGGAACUGGAGAAGAUCGUCAAACAGAACUCUGAUGAUGCAAAAUCCUCACAAAAAAAGCACAAGGUCCUACUGCGGCAGUUCAGCAUGGGUGAUGAACGGCUUCAGAAACGACAGCCAAUCAAGAGCAAUGAUGAAAUCCUGUUUAAGGUGUACUGCGUAGACCACACCUACACCACUAUCCGAGUACCAGUGGCUGCUUCAGUGAGAGAGGUAAUCAGCGCUGUGGCUGACAAACUGGGGUCAGUGGAGGACCUCCUUCUGGUCAGCCUCAGUUCAGCUGGAGACAAGGUGGUGCUGAAGCCCAAUGACAUUUCAGUCUUUUCCACGCUUAGUAUCAAUGGACGUCUGUUUGCCUGCCCCAGGGACCAGAUGGAUUCACUGACACCACUGCCUGAGCAGGAAGGGCCAUCUCUGGGAACCAUGGGAACUUUUGAGCUGAUGAGUUCUAAAGAUCUGGCCUAUCAGAUGACUGUUUAUGACUGGGAACUCUUCAACUGCGUACAUGAGCAUGAGCUCAUAUACCACACAUUUGGGCGGCAGAACUUCAAGAAAACUACAGCCAACCUGGACCUGUUCCUCAGGAGGUUUAAUGAACUGCAGCUGUGGGUAGUCACAGAAGUGUGUCUUUGUGCCCAACUCAGCAAGCGUGUGCAGCUGCUUAAGAAGUUCAUCAAGAUUGCAGCACACUGCAAGGAAAAUAAGAAUCUGAACUCCUUCUUUGCCAUCAUCAUGGGCAUGGGUAACCCAGCUGUGAGCAGGUUGAGUCAGACCUGGGAGAAACUUCCUAGCAAGUUCAAGAAGUUCUACGGGGAGUUUGAAAGUUUAAUGGACCCAUCCAGGAAUCAUCGGGCAUACCGGCUCACAGUGGCCAAGCUGGACCCACCCAUCAUCCCCUUCAUGCCCCUGCUCAUCAAAGACAUGACUUUCACUCAUGAAGGCAACAAGACAUUCAUAGACAGUUUGGUCAAUUUUGAAAAAAUGAGGAUGAUUGCAAACACAGUGAGGAUAGUGAGAUACUGCCGAAGCCAGCCUUUCAGUCCAGAGGCAUCCCAGGCCAACAAGAAUCACCAUGACGUGCGGAGUUACGUGCGACAGCUGAAUGUGAUUGACAACCAGAGGACCCUUUCGCAGCUCUCCCACAGACUGGAGCCCCGUCGGACCUGAGCCAUUGCCGAUAAACCACACAAUACUACUCAUGCUGCUGCUGUACCUACCAAACAUAACCAAGCUUGAUGUGGAAUUUGUACCAUACUAUAUGAACCCCCAUUCAUGCACCCAGGCUGUUCAGCCCACAGAUAAGCAGAUCUGAGACUGCUCUACACUCCUCAUAGCCAUCUCCCUCUAUAACUCCUUUACUCAAAGGACACAGUGUUUCUCAUGCCCAUUGUCAGUAGCAUUUAGGUCCUUUUUGCCCUUUAUAUUUUUUUUGUUUUUCAUUUUCUCUGCCAAUGUGUCUGUUCCAAUCGCUACUUGCGGUUUUAAAGCAUUUAUUUCUAUCAGAGCUCUUUCCUGCUUAAACCUGUCAAUUUACAGAGGUCUUGCUAGAAUAAAAGAUGAAAGAAAUUAAGAUUGACCCACCCCCCACCCCCACCCCAAACUGGUUAGAAAAGGCUUUUAAAAGUUAACAGACUGAAAGCCAAAUGUGAAGCAUAAAUGUUCUGAACAUUUUUGGGAACUAUGUCAUUCAUGAAGACAGACACUGCCACAGAAGGAAUUAUUUAGUUUCAUUCCAUUAUUUCGCCAUUAGUAUAUAGUGAGGAUACUCUAGGGAUUAUCAGUAAACUUCAAAUAUUAAUAUUAUUUCUGUUAGCCAUUUAAAUGUUCAUAUAAUAGUCUUUGAUUAAUCCUUUGUUUUAUUACUGUAUGCCAUCAUUUUCCCAUCAUAGCAUUCAGCUCUAUUCAUGUGGUUUUGUAAAUCAGUUUAUUGAUACUUUGGUUUGUGUGGCUGUUAUCUUACACAUAUGGUGAAAAUUGCUUUGAUUUAUUUAUUUUGACCUCAGCAUGCACAGAUUAGAGAUAAACACUGAGAGCAGCUCCUUUUCAAUGAGUUUGUGAGGUGUAGUGUCUAUAAACUUUAUAUUUUAUGUUCAUUCUGUAAAUAUGAUAAAUGUAUUAAAUGUAUUUGAAGAC